CGCCGCUCACAGAACUGCAGACAGCGAGCGACUUUGUGGCUGACGCUGGACUUUGCGACCACAACAACAACCCAAGUCCAACUCAUAUUAAGCCCGCGAUAAACAGGCCUACGAACUGCCUGUAUCCUCACGGACUCGUCAAAAUGAAGACCACCUGGAAGGAUAUUCCCCCGGUACCGACGUCUCAGGAGUUUCUGGACAUUGUGCUCAGCCGAACGCAGCGCCGACUGCCAACCCAGAUCCGUGCCGGCUUCAAGAUCAGCCGUAUUAGAGGUUUCUACACGCGCAAGGUCAAAUUCACACAGGAGACCUUCUCCGAAAAGUUCGAGGCCAUCCUCUCGUCGUUCCCCCGAAUUCUCGAUCUGCAUCCUUUCCACAAGGAUCUUCUUAACACACUCUACGAUGCCGACCACUUCAAGGUUGCCCUCGGUCAGGUUUCGACCGCGAAGCACCUGAUUGAGACCAUCUCGAGAGACUAUGUCCGUCUUCUCAAGUACGGCCAGUCGCUGUACCAGUGCAGGCAGUUGAAGGUCGCCGCUCUGGGUCGUAUGGCGACCAUCUGCAAGAAAUUGAAGGAUUCUCUGGUCUACUUGGACCAGGUCCGCCAACAUCUCGGUCGUCUCCCCUCUAUCGACCCCACCACUCGUACGCUUCUUAUCGCUGGUUUUCCCAAUGUCGGAAAGUCUUCUUUCCUCAAGAGUGUGACAAGGGCGGAUGUGGAUGUCCAGCCUUAUGCCUUCACGACCAAGAGCCUUUUUGUGGGUCAUCUCGAUUACAAGUACCUCAAGUUCCAAGUUAUUGAUACCCCUGGAAUUCUCGAUCAUCCUCUGGAUGAGAUGAACACUAUCGAGAUGCAAAGUAUCACGGCUAUUGCGCACUUGCGCUCAGUCAUUCUCUACUUCAUGGACCUGUCGGAGCAGUGCGGAUACACCGUUCAGGCCCAAAUGCAACUAUUCAGGAGUAUCAAGCCACUUUUCGCAAACAAGAUUGUCUUCAUUGUCGUCAACAAGAUCGACGUGAUGAAGCCUGAGGACCUUGAUGCCAAGCUCCAGGAAGAGCUCCAAGCUCUGCUCAAGUCUGACGGUGUUGAGAUGCUGCAGCUGUCAUGCAAUACUCAGGAGGGAGUCCAGGCUGUUAAGAAUGCGGCAUGCGAGAAGCUCAUUGCCGAAAGAGUGGCACAGAAGCUGAAGGCGGGCACAACGUCGAGCGGUGCUGCGGGAGGCCGUCUUGCCGAUGUUAUGGCAAGAAUCCAUGUUGCCCAGCCCAUGGGCGGCUCGCAACUCGAGACCUUUGUUCCCGAGGGUAUCAAGCAGCUGAAGAAGUACGAUAAGGCGGACCCAGAGAGGAGGCUGUUGGCACGUGACAUUGAGGAGAUGAACGGCGGUGCCGGUGUCUUCAAUGUGGACCUUCGAGAGAAGUGGAUCCUGGACAACCCGGAAUGGAAGUACGACAAGAUCCCCGAGGUCUUCGAUGGCAAGAACGUUUACGACUACGUCGACCCAGAAAUCGAGGCCAAGCUGGCAGCGUUGGAGGCCGAGGAGGAGAAGCUUGAGGCCGAGGGCUACUACAACUCGGACGAGGAGAUCGUCGACGACGAGGAGGAAGAGGUCAUGGCCAAGGCCGAGCUCAUCCGCGAGAAACAGUCGAUGAUCCGCAACGAGGCCAAGAUGAAGAAAUCGCUCAAGAACAGGGCGAUAAUACCACGCAAGGCGACCAAGAAGUCUCUGGUGCAAAUGGAGGACGCUCUGGACCAACUUGGUGUCGAUACUACGGACAUCACUGCCCGUGCUCGCGCCCAGUCUCGUCCCAGAGGCCGGUCGCUGACCCGCAGCCGUAUGGGCACUGAGGAUAUCGAUUCCAUGGACAUUGACGGUCGUGCCAAGACUCCUCGCGAGCGCCUGCGGUCCAAGAGCAGAGCCCGCAGCCAGCCGGCGACGGACCGCAGGAACGAUGGUGUUGCGGACGAGUCGGUGCGGACUGCUGCCGAGAGACAAGCGAAGCUGUCACAGCGCAAGAUGAACAGGAUGGCAAGGCAAGGAGAGGCCGACAGGCAUGCCACAGCAUCCAUCGCCAAGCAUUUGUUUUCUGGAAAGCGCGGUAUGGGCAAGACCCAGCGCCGUUAAUGAGUGUCAUGGUGGUAGUAAUACACAAAAGUACUCUGUCUGCUCUGGAGUUUCGGAGUUUCGGUGUUUCACUUCUAACGACCGCAGUUUGUUUGGGUUGGGCUGGGCUAAAUUGACUGUUCAUUGCGGUGUGCUUCAUCUCAGAUAUAUCAAACUCUUUUUCUUCCCCCAAAAUGCAGAGAGAAAUGCACGACCGCUUUGUUUCAUGUUACAGCUCGGUGCUCAUGAACUCAUGAACUGCUUCAUGUUGUUGAGAAAUGACUUGAGUAUUUUUGGCAUGUGUGCGGGGCGCCUAUCAACCUACCAAUCUAGGGACGGGUAAAGUACGCAAUGAUAGGGGUGGUUUGGUCAUGUCGUCGUACAAAGACUGUCCGCCCGGGCACCCAGACUCGACGGAACAAUUGUGCAAAGUGUCGGGAAUAGGACUGGCGCUGACGGGCAUUAUGGGUUCCGGAACAAGCACUUUUAACAAUAGGCUCAGAGUCACUUGAGAAAAGCACACAAACCUUCGAAAUCAGAUGGGGAUAUAUAUAUAUGCAUGCUCGAGAAAAUUGCUAGCCUUUUCUUAUUCUGCUUGCUGAUUGGCUUCUUAUUCGGCCUCGAGCUCAAAACCUUCAACAUUCAUAUUCAUCAUCAUUAUGAACAAUCUACUCAUCUCCAGCAACCUGCAGGUCCCUG